AUGAACCAUGGUGUCGGGUGCUGGCUCCAGGAUGGAGUCCUGUGGCACGGAGUGGGCAAACAGCCCGAGUCCCCACGGGAAGCAGGUCACCAGGUCUUUUCCUUGACGUCCCCUCUCCAUGGUGUCACCUUCCUGGCCUUUGGCAAUGGGGCACCAGAUGUAUUCAGUGCUGUGGUGGCCUUCUCCAACCCACGGACGGCAGGUUACCUGGGGCUGUACAUCUUCUACGUCCUCACCGUGGUGCUGUGCACAUGGAUUCACCGGUGGCAGCGGGGUGAUGGGCCAGUCCCCUCUGGACCCUGGGAGCCAGAGAUGCCAACAGAUGCUGAAGAGCCAGAGUCCUCGGGCACAAACAGUGGGGACUAUGGUGAGGAGUACCGGCCUCUGCUCCCCUCGCAGGAGCCCUCCCUGCACAUCCUCACCGACUGCCGAAAGUGGAGGAGGAAGCCGUGGUACUGGCGGCUUUUCAAGGUCCUCAAGGUGCCAGUGGAGCUGGUGCUGCUGCUCACCGUUCCCGUUGUGGACCCUGACAAGGAUGACCUGAACUGGAAGAGACCCCUCAACUGCCUGCACAUCGUCACCAGCCCCCUGCUCUGCAUCCUUACCCUCAAGUCGGGCACAUAUGGGCUGUACCAGAUCCAGGGCAUCUUCCCAGUCUGGGGACUGGUCACGCUGGUUGGCUCUGUCCUGGCCAUCAUCAUCUUCGUCACCACAAGCAAUGAGCAGCCACCCAAGUACCACUGCGUAUUUGCCUUCCUUGGGUUUCUGGCCAGCGCCAUGUGGAUCAAUGCCGCAGCCACGGAGCUGGUGAACAUCCUCCGGACCCUGGGCAUCAUCUUCCAGCUGAGCAACACCGUGCUGGGCUUGACACUGCUGGCCUGGGGCAACAGCAUCGGGGACACAUUCUCGGACCUCACCAUGGCACGGCAGGGCUAUCCCCGCAUGGCCUUCUCUGCCUGCUUUGGGGGCAUCAUCUUCAACAUCCUGGUUGGUGUGGGACUCGGGUGCCUGCUGCAGAUGACCAGCAGCCAGCUGGUGGUGAAGCUGGAGCCCGACAGCCUCCUGGUGUGGGUGCUGGCCGGGGCCCUGGGGCUGAGCUUGGUCUUCUCCUUCGUGUGGGUGCCCGCGCAGUGCUUCCAGCUGGGCAAGGCCUAUGGCAUCUGCCUCAUCCUCUACUACCUGGCCUUCCUCUGCGUGGCCCUGCUCACCGAGUUCAGGGUGAUCCGGCUCUCUGCAGUGUGA